UUGGCUCAGUCUCGAGCCCCACCUGCGCGUAGGACGAAGCCAAGAAGGGGCUGGCUGUUAUCACCGCACAGAAGCUCAGAGUAACACUAACCGACGUUGAUGUAAUUGUUAACGGAAGACAUCUGGGCUUUGUCUAAUCUAUGCUAUGAGGUGAAUGAAUCAAACCAUGGAAGGCGUGAAGAAUAACCGAGAGGCACAGGGUAAAUUAACUCCUUGGAUCCCGAUAGAGGCGACGUUCAGUCAGCGUGGAUAAUGCGCAUUUGCUGCAGGCUCUACUGUCAUCACUACAGUGUAACCGGAUCUCGACCGGAGACGGAUGGGUUGACUCCCGCCGCGCGGAGGAGGUGGUCCCAGCCUCCGGCCCGGGCCGCCGCUCCCGGGGUGGGUCCCCAUCCCUGGUCCCGUUAACCGUAGGGCUAACGGGAGGGCGUGGGCCAGGGGAAAGAAGAGAGAGAAAAUGCAGACGGAGGUGCCAGUAGCCCUACCUCCGGAGAUAGGAGAGGAGACCAUAGCGGACGGGGAAGGGAGAGAGGAGACCAUAGCGGACGGGGAAGGGAGAGAGGAGACCAUAGCGGACGGGGAAGGGAGAGAGGAGACCAUAGCGGAAGGGAGAGAGGAGACCACAGCGGACGGGAAUGGGAGAGAGGAGACCACAGCAGACGGGGAAGUGAGAGAGGAGACCACAGCAGACGGGGAAGGGAGAGAGGAGACCACAGCAGACGGGAAUGGGAGAGAGGAGACCACAGCAGACGGGAAUGGGAGAGAGGAGACCACAGCAGACGGGAAUGGGAGAGAGGAGCAGCGUCCCCUCCAGAAGUCCUUUGCCGCCUCUCUGUGUCGUGAGUCUCACUGGAAGUGCCUCCUCUUGACUCUUCUCAUGUACGGGUGUUUCGCCAUGCUGGGUUGGUGUGCAGUCUGCCGUGUGCCUGUCCUGGGCUCCGGGGAGCACGUGGUCGUCUCGGCUACGGCUGCCACUACCGCCGCCGCCGCCUCCUCUGACUUGCCUCAACUACACCUUGACAGCCCAUGUUCCAGUGGUUAUGUGUAUAUUCCUCUAGCCUUCCUAGCUAUGCUGUAUGUGGUGUAUCUAGUGGAAUGCUGGCACUGUUACUCCAAGACCGCCAUUUUGGCUCACGCGGAGACGGCAGAGGUGUAUGAGCGUGUCACAAAGCUCCAGCAGGCCACUCCCUGUAUCUGGUGGAAGGCCAUCAGUUACCACUACGUCAGACGGACCAGACAGGUGACCAGGUAUCGCAACGGAGACGCUUAUACCACCACACAGGUGUACCAUGAGAGGGUUAACACCCACGCCUCCAGCUCUGAGUUUGACUACGGUCGCCAUCGGGUUAAAGACGUCUCCAAAGAGCUCCAGGGACUUCAGGAGCAUCCGGCUGUCAGGCUCCGCUUCACCAAGUGUUUCAGUUUCGCCAGCGCCCGUGCGGAGGCUGCAUACCUCACCCAGCGAGCACACUUCUUCGGAGACAACGAGGGUCUGGAUGAUUACAUGGAAGCACGAGAGGGGAUGCAUCUAAAGAACGUUGAUUUCCGGGAGCAUAUCCUGGCGUUCCCGGACCCAACCCGGCAACCGUGGUAUUCCCGACCCCGGGUCUUCUGGCUAGCCUCAGUGUUCCUCUUCUCCUGGCCGCUCCGGGUCGUGUCGGAGUACCGCACGGCGUACGUACACUACCACGUGGAGAAACUGUUCGGAGAGGAGACGCUCCGUGAGGACGGAGGAGGCGACGGAGUGACGGAGAACGGAGGAACGACGGGAGGAGAGAGGAGCGUCAACGGAGGGUCGAGCUACAGAGCCAUAUCGCGGGUGAACACGGUGGACAUGACAGAGCUGGAGUGGCAUAUUCGCUGUAAUCAACAAAUGGUUCCUUCGUAUUCCGAAGCUCUUCUCAUGGACUUGGAGAGAGAGAGUAAUGGAGGAGUCGGUGGAACAGGAGAAACUAACACCACCACCUCCACACCUGGAGCUCCAUGCUCAGACCCCAUCCAGGGGGGCAUCCCAGCUGGUAUGGCCCACCCAGUGGCCUUCUCUUCGGCUUACCUCCUCCAGAGCUGCCCCCGGUGCCGGAGAACCACAUCCAGCUCCAGCCUACCGUCCAGGCUCAGGGCACCGACAGGGAAUCAAGCUCUGCUGAACGGCACCGUGGCUGAGAUGAGGGUGAACGGCGUAGGGGGUGGCGGGGGAGGGCAGGGGGGAGGAGGGAGGUUAGUGUUGAGUCGUAGUGGGUUCUCUCUAGGGAGAACACGGCCGAGACCGGCGAGUCUGCUUCACUCUCGUAGUAUGGGGGGAGGACUGGGAGGAGGACGUGGGGAGGACGGAGGAGGAGGAGGAGGGUUACUGGGGUUAGGGUCCCGGCAGGGUCAGGAUGACGAGGAGGAGAGUCGAGGAGUUCUGGAAGGAGAGAGGGAUGAAGAACAGGAGGAGGAGGAGAGAGAUGAGGAAGCAGCGCAUGAGGGAGGAGGAGGGGGAGAGGUAGAUGAGGGGGUGAGGGAGGGAGAGAGAGAUAGACCUCCGUCUUAUCACGAUGCGGUUUUCUUCCCGGUGUUGAUCGUACAUGGAGAGGAGAGCUGCCACGGUGGAGAUGACGUGAUGGACAUAAUAGUAAACUAACAGAAAACAAAAGGGAUUAAAUAAGAGAUCAAAUUUAAAUAGAUUGAUUGUCAUAGUCUGACAGUGGAAAGAAGGGAUAUUGUAGUACAGAACAAGACAGAGAGAGAGAGGUCUGAUAAUAUGGCAGAGAGAGAGAGGUCUGAUAAUAUGACAGAGAGAGAGAGAGGUCUGAUAAUAUGGCAGA